UGCGCGGCCGGCCCGGCCUGGAACUGGAGGAAGAGGAGGCGACCCCGGGCGGGCCGGAACCGAGCCGGGCCAUGGACCAGCCCCCGGACCUGUUCGACGCCAUCGUGAUGGCGGAGGAGAGGUAUCAUGGCGAAGGCUAUCAGGAAGGUUACGCCGAAGGCAGCUGUCUGGGUCUGACUGAGGGGAGACGACAUGGAGUGAGCCAUGGCGCUAACGUUGGGUCUGAGAUUGGGUGCUACCAAGGUUUUGCAUUUACGUGGAAAUGUCUGCUUUCUGAAUGCACGACUGAGAAAGACAGUAAGAAGAGAAGGAUGCUGGACUCGCUUCUCGGGAUGAUGCAGAAAUUCCCUUAUGCUGACCCCACUUAUGCCCAGCUUCAUGAAGAUUUGGACAGGAUUAGAGGGAAGUUUAAACAGGUUUGCUCUUUGCUCAGCGUCCAGCCCAACUUUAGAGUCGGUCCUGGACGCUCCGCACUUUCAUUUUGAGCACGACAGGAAGACAGAGGCAGCAUCUGUGUGUUGAGUGUUUAAAAAUGAGAUUAAAGUCCAGACAAUGACUGGGCGCUGAGGGUUACAGUCUCGCCGUGAAAAGACUUCCAUUGGCCUUCUUCCUUUGUGUCCUCUCCACACGGCCCGUUCUUUGUCAGGGACGCGUUUGCAUUGUGGCCUUUACGGAAACUGGGGCCGAGCUCCUUUGAAAAGUCCUGGUUUCUAUAAUCCUCUGUGAGGGGAGAGGUGGGAGAACCAAGUGGAUGGGGGGACGGUGGCUCCAGACCCUCGUCUCCCUCCCCUGGCUCAGCCUCCGGAGAAACGGUCACAGGAUCGAGAACGGAGAUGGAAACGAGCAGGUAGAAUCUCCAUCGCUGCCACAGGGCGAGAUCCAGAAUUCGGUCGUUCAUCUAAAUCGUGACGGGAACCAGAUCCUUCUCUCCUUUGGCCAGUGUUACUCCCUUGAACCCGAGCAGGGCUGGCUGAUUCCGACCCAGUGGAACCAAUUCGUGUGGGCAGCCAACCGUGACUGGCAACCUCGUGAGAAAAGACUUAGGAGUGAAACGAGUCAUCCUUGAAAACACUUUACAAAGUAUCCCUGUCAUCUCUUAAAUUAGCCAUUUAUUUGAAGAUGGCCAGAGAUGAGAAAAUAUAUUUAAGCAAGCUUCA